AACGUGUUAUGGUCACGGUCAGGAUAUUUCCCAAACAUUAACAAAUGUUCGUUUUUAUAGCCAAUGAAAGUCUUGAUCCUGGAGCGGUACGAGUUGUGAUUGGUGGAGCGCGUCCCAUGCUAGGCUUGGCGCCAAGUUUCGGAACAUAAACAUUGUCCCAUGACGGAGAAAGUGGAGAGCUGCUGCUGAAGGCGUUAUUUUGCCUCCGCCACUAAGCACCUGCAUGCAUUGUUUGCUGCCAACACGUGUGCUGUACAACGCGAGUCGUACAGCUUGUGGAGUUGGUAGCACAAACACAUCGCAGGUCAGGGAUGGUGUGUCCAAGUUGCUGCGGAUCAGUCCAGACACACUGUCUCACACCAACUGUCUCAGGAUUAGUUGGUACUCAACACGUACAAUUGUUCCUGGAACAUGUCUUCAGGUUAACCACAGUAGGCCCAGAACAAAGGAGACGUCAUCGCAGAAUGCUCUAAACAAAGAGGAGGCAGCUGUUGGAAAGUUUGAGAAUGUGUUUUCCAAUUUCUCUAUAAGUGCUAAACCUAAUGAGUUGUCUGAAAUGAAUUCCAAGCGGACCAGGGACUUGUUGUCGCCACUGCGACCUAUACCACAAAAAAAGAUUAAAAGUAUCUCUCGGACCUCAAAGGUUAUCACUGAUUCUGCUGUCCUGGAUUUUAUCCCACUCCCGCCCAGUCCGCCACGUGAAAAUGAUGAUUUGGGAGAAUUCAUUGUCAUUGACACCAGACCUUCUGAGGUGGUUUUUCCCCAGACAACAAGUGGUAACAAGUGUAACAAAGAAAACAGCAGUAAUGCUGAGGCAGUAUCUAAGAAGGAUCAUGGCGGUAGUAGUAGUAGUAAUGUAGUGAAUUCAGUGGAAGGUGGAAGCAAUGGUGAGUGUUCUGGGACAGGAUCUAGACGUAGUGAUGAAGUGAUAGUGUCGUGUGAUAGUGACAUCAUUUAUGUUCCUGCAACCUCAGAGUCUGAAACGAGUAAAUUGUGCGAUAAGAAAAACAAUAGAACUAAAGAAAGAACUAAAUUUCACAGUAAAAGAAACAAAAGCAAAUCUGUCAAACCCUCUGAAGACAAUGACAUAAAUAUUUUAUUUGAAAGUCCUAGUAAGAAUGAUGUUGAUGAAAUCAUGGUAGUGUGCACCAUUUCAGCACCUGAAAAGGGGCAAGAUCAUAUGCUAUCACCAGGAAGAAAACUUGUGCCAGGCAAUCAGAGAAGAAAGUGCCACUCAAGCACAAGACAAGGGCUCAAGGCAAAACCAAUGGAAGAGGUUUCUGCUCCAUCCAAUUUAGAUAUAAAAGAAAAGAAUGUAUCUGACUACAAGAAUAUGGAAUUAAGUCCUGAUAUUCAGAAGGUGAAUGUGGUAGAUCCUGAUGUUGUGGAGAUUGUUGAGGAUCCUGCAUCUUCGUCCAGCAGCAGAUCUAUUGAGGUGGAGGUCAUUGAUGUUUAUAUGUCUGAUCAAGAAGAUAAAUGUAGUACUACCUCUUCUGAUCAUGAGACUAGAGAUAUGGAUAUCAGCAAUUCGGAAUUUAUAUCUCUUCAGAAAUUACGAGUUAAGGAUUUGGAAAACACAGAAAUAGAUAUUAGUGAUGAGGUGCUAAAAUUACGAAGAGAAUUGGAAGACUUAAGGAAGUGGGAGAUGACAGGUCUUGGGCAGGAAAUUUUGUCUGGGAAGAACAUGAAGCCAACUGAUGUUAUGUUUACAAUUUUGUCUUACAAUGUGUUGGCUCAGGCUCUGCUGACUGACAAUAUGAGUCUUUACAAAUGUUGUGAGGAGGAACAUCUCUCAUGGGACUACAGAUGGGCACUGCUACAACAUGAGAUCAAUGACCUGGACCCUGAUGUGCUCAUGUUACAGGAAGUGCAGGCCUCCCAUUAUCACAGUCAUUAUCUCCCUUGGUUCACAUACCAGGGAUAUGAUGGAUUGUUUAAGAAACGAACAGGAAUUAAGACUGAUGGUUGUGCCAUAUUCUUCAAAAAAAAUAAAUUCUCUUUGUUAGAACACAGUAGUGUGGAGUAUCUUCAGCCAGAAGCUAGAAAUGUUUUAGACCGUGACAAUAUUGGACUUAUAGCAAAACUUUUACCAGUAUCGCAGCCAAACUCUGCACCUUUAUGUAUUGCAACAACACAUCUCUUGUACAACCCUAACAGGCAUGAUGUAAAGCUGGCUCAGAUAGUAUUGUUGCUCUCUGAGAUAGACAGACUAAGCUAUGAAGGAGAGAAAGGGGGCAUAACAAAGUACUGCCCUGUAAUAGUAACUGGAGAUUUUAAUGCUGAACCCCAUAGUUCAUUAAUACAGUUUUUAAAGGAGGGCCGACUGCAGUACGAAGGUUUGGCUCGUAAAACUCUGACCAGGCAUGGAGCUAUUGGGUCAUUACUUGGGCCAGAACUCUUUCCCCAGUCUCUUGGGCUCACAGAUCGCUGUCAGCAUGCAGUGUUAGCACAAAGUCGUUACCUGGAAAAUACACGUGGGCCCAUUUUCUCCCUGUCAGACAAACGAAGACUAGAAGAAUCGCUAAUACAUCUGUAUCAUUCAGAUCGUGAGUGUUUACCCCAUAAUAACUCUAAUACCCUAUAUCAAGGGCGCACACCAUCUGGAUGGUUUUCUCACGGAUUCAACUUUCACUCUGUUUACCGCCACCGCUUGAAUCGCUUGGGCAGGGCUCCUGAAGCUACCACUCAUCAGAAUGGCUGGACAACGGUGGACUAUAUGCUGUAUUCUCGUAACUAUUCUUCCUCUUUAAACAGACCAGUUGAGGGAAAUCUGAAAUUGCUGGCUCGUUAUGGGUUGCUGUCAGGACCAGAAGCUGAUAGAUUUGCACCUCUACCUUCAUCAGUGUGUCCGUCUGACCAUUUUCCCCUUGCUGCUCAGUUUUUGCUGCGAAAAUAACAUUUCAUGUUAUAUAUAUUUUUAGUAAGUGAAAAUGAAAAUAAAGAUAGCUUGUCAAAUAUAUUUUGUAAUUUAUUGUUUUUUGUGUGUAAAAAAAGAUAUAUUUAUUUUAAUGUAUGAAAGAAUAUAGGCGAGGAUAAUUCACAGUGGUUUCAUAUUUACAAUUUGUUGAAUGUACAAAGUCAUUUGUAAAUAGAUGUUUAAGGAGAUAGUAAACAUGAUGCCACUUACAAUUUAUGGAAUGCAUGGAGUCAACAUUUAUUGUUAUAAACUAAUUGAUGUGAAAUUUGUCUUAGUUAAAUGAUGAGCGCUUUGGUUGACAUUUUCUUUAUCACACAUGUACUGAGCAGGGUCUAAUUUAUUUUUCAGUGAAUAAUAAUGUUUUUAUUUCACUUCUUAUACAAGAUUUUUUUUUUUUUUUUUGUCUCCAAUGGCAGUUAAAAUGUUUUUCUACAGAAAAAUUGUUAUAUUUGUGAAAUAUUAAACUGCAUUGCCUAAACGUUCACUGUUUACUGCACAUGCAACACAAGCAUUAUUAUUUUCAUUGGAAAUGUGAACUUUGGUAUUCAAUUUUUGGCUCAUGUUGAGCAUAGGCAAAAUGCAAGAGUAUUUAGUUAAAGUUUGUGUGUUCACUGGUAUGUGUGUAUAUGAUCUGUAUAUAAUGUCAAGCUAGAUUAUUACCUGUCCAUAACCUGAAUUUUCAGGCUCUAAUGUGCACUCUGGCAACUACUUCAGGAUUUGUUAUGUCCACUCAUGUACUCUAGUGCUAGUCAGAACUGAAGCGACCACAACUGCACUCCAGGACUUGUAGUUCCUGCAUAUACCCUCCAGUUCUUGUAGCGCUCACACAUAUCAUCCAGGACUUGUAGUGCUCGCACAAAGACUCAAAGACUUGCAGUGCUCGCACAUAUCAUCCAGGACUUGUAGUGCUCGCUCGUAUCAUCCAGGACUUGUAGUGCUCGCUCGUAUCAUCCAGGACUUGUAAUAAACCAUACUUCUGAUAUUCAAACUUGUGUUUUGGCAUUUAACUUGAUGUACAGCCCAAAAUGUGCAAUGUUCACCAGAAAUAUUUAUCUUGAUUCUUUUGAAAUUUAAUGCAAUAAAUUUCCUAGAGGUUAUUUUUUUGUGCAAUAUACAGUAAUGCAUAUUCUUUUUUUCUGAAAGCAUAACUUGGUUUUGUUUUGAAUAAUAAUUAUAUUAAUGUCAUACUUUAUUAAAAUUAAUGGCAUUCUAGAGCCUUGGCCAGUGCACUACCUGGUCUAGAGCCUUGGCCAGUGCACUACCUGGUCUAGAGCCUUGGCCAGUGCACUACCUGGUCUAGAGCCUUGGCCAGUGCACUACCUGAUCUAGAGCCUUGGCCAGUGCACUACCUGGUCUAGAGCCUUGGCCAGUGCACUACCAGGUCUAGAGCCCUGGCCAGUGCACUACCUGGUCUAGAGCCCUGGCCAGUGCACUACCUGGUCUAGAGCCUUGGCCAGUGCACUACCUGGUCUAGAGCCUUGGCCAGUGCACUACCUGAUCUAGAGCCUUGGCCAGUGCACUACCUGGUCUAGAGCCUUGGCCAGUGCACUACCUGGUCUAGAGCCUUGGCCAGUGCACUACCUGGUCUAGAGCCUUGGCCAGUGCACUACCUGGUCUAGAGCCUUGGCCAGUGCACUACCUGGUCUAGAGCCUUGGCCAGUGCACUACCUGGUCUAGAGCCUUGGCCAGUGCACUACCUGGUCUAGAGCCUUGGCCAGUGCACUACCUGGUCUAGAGCCUUGGCCAGUGCACUACCUGGUCUAGAGCCUUGGCCAGUGCACUACCUGGUCUAGAGCCUUGGCCAGUGCACUACCUGGUCUAGAGCCUUGGCCAGUGCACUACCAGGUCUAGAGCCCUGGCCAAUGCACUACCUGGUCUAGAGCCUUGGCCAGUGCACUACCAGGUCCAACUACGGUAUUUUCUAUUUUGUUGCUGAACCCGUCACAGCAGUGUGUUAAGUACACAAACACAUUAGUUAAUGCCCAUGUAUCUUGCUACUCAAAGUAGGGAUUAACAGCUGACUGAACUCCAUGUAUUUACGUGUCCUUAGUUCGCCCACGUGUUUAUCCUUCCAUUGCUGUUGAGGUAAAUAGGUUGUAAACUAGCCCCAUGCUAUGACGGGUCAAGCUGCCAAUGUCGCCAAUGGCACUCAGGCUAGUAGAUAUGUUGGCAGCGACAUGCUAAUUGUCACACCUUUCGUUUACAUGAUGGUUAAAUUCCAGAGAAUUUCUUUUAAGACAAAGCAGCUGUGCACUUCCACAUUAAUUGUUCCAAAAGGUGUUUGCAGAUAGUUUUUUGAACUUGGCAAGAGUAAAUAAGACUAGAUGACAUUUGUACCAUUUUGACUAUUGGGUAAUUUUCCCAAAACUGUAUAUGCAUCCUUGUAGAAUGUUUUCUGCAGUAAUAAGUAAAUUGAUGCAUAGUUGUGUAGAUGACUACUUGCCACAAUGCAACAACUGCUCAUCCAUCUUAACCCUUCCACACCACUACUACUAAGGGCAUAGUUCAUGUACAUUGAUGAAAUUGACCUUCCACACAAAAGGAUUAUAUUUAACACUAAAGACUACACGUCACAUUGUAAAGAAGCUCAUAUUCCUUUGUAGUUGUAAUAGAUUUACUUUAUAUAAAUCAUCCUUUGUAUUUAUUUGAUGCCAGGCAAUCAAGUUCUUCUAUAAUCCAUUUACUUUAAAUGUCCUGUAUUAUCUCUGAUGUAGAUUAUUUUUGUGUAUCCUUUUCCAUCUCAGAUUUUACCCAUUUCUUUGAAUAAUUUUCUGUUGCUCUAGGUUUCCCCCAUUUCCUUUUACCAAAGUGUAUAAACCAUUGGGAUACAUUUAAGGCAAAUUUAUUAACUGGGCUAAUGGGCAUGGUUCAGUCAAGUAACCAGAGCUUGUAUUUGUUUUGCCAUGUCACAUACAAUAAUCUGAAAUGAAAUACUGUACACAAAUUUCACAAGUAAUACAGUUUCAAGUUGAGCUGACAUUUCUCUGUGGUACCUUAAAUUAGACUCCAUUGUGUUCUAGGUUUUAUUAAUGUUAGAUGAAGCUGUCAAAUAAACUGUUUUAACACUGGCCAGGAAUGUAAAAGCAAUAAAAUCACAUGGUGAGUAAUUUACAUCCAGCCUAUGACAUGCAGGUUGGGUAAGUAACUUUCCUGGCCUAAGACAUGCAGGUUGGGUAAGUAACUUUCCUGGCCUAAGACAUGCAGGUUGGGUAACCUCAUUAUUUUCUUGCUUUUGCAUUGGUGGGGUGAUGGUGUAAGUACCAGAAGGGUGUAUCCAAAGCUGUACUGUGGUAAGAUGAACUUUAUCCUUUCGAAUUAUUGUGAUUUUAAUUUUAAAUAUAGAUGUGAAGUUGCUGUGGAUGUGAGAAGCAGAUAAAGGCAUUGCCAACUGUGUAAGGUUCAUCUUCACUGCUAAAGUAUUGAUUCUACCAACAUUCUUGGGUUACCUGUAUCGUAAAACAUUAAUUUGUUGUAUGGCAAAAGUUCAUAUUUGCAAUGGCAUUUAAUUUUGUUCAAAAUUGAGCAAGAAAUCGAAAUAUUAGCAUGGACUUGAUGAAUCCUGUCUUUGCCCACAUCUGCCAGUAGCAAGUGUAGAAUUUUAGUACAAAACUGUUGUGAUUUUGGAUGUUGAAAAGUGUUUUGACAAUUUUGUGUACCCUUAGUGCUUUUCCAGAUCACUUAAUGUAUAACAGAAUGUUAUUUUGAUACAAUUUUAUCCAUUUCUUAUUCACCAGUCAAAAUCCCAUUUUUAUAGUAUCAGUGAUGAGAAUGUUAAAAUAUGGAAUUAAAAUUAUGGGCCCUGUC